AGCAGAAGUGCAGUGUAACAGCAGCAGAAGAAGCAGCAGAGGGAGAAUGAUCCGACAUAUGUUCUCUAAUCUCCUACUGCUCUGGUCACUCAGCUAUGACCUUUAUAAAAUUGGACGCACAGAUGCUUCAGAGGAGCAGUCCUGGAACAACCACAACCUUUCGACUGUCCCGCUGGAUUUGGAUGCAAGACUUCGAAGUCUAGACCUGUCCAAUAACUUCAUCAGACAGUUGAGCACACUUGCUCUGCCAUACUUGGAGCAGCUGGACGUGAGCAACAACCAGCUGGAUCUCAUCUCCGAGGGGGCUUUUGAAAACCUGGCUCGACUCGAACGCUUGAAUUUGUCCAGAAAUGAACUGAACAACAACCUUGGCAGCAACAGCAAAGCCCUCCAGAGUCUCAGUGGGCUGAAGAAUUUGGAUCUAUCAAUGAACGGUUUGAGUAAUGACGCAGUGGAGCUGUACCUUAGAAACAAGCCCUCCCUUGAUCAACUUAGGAUGACCGGUAAUGUUUUAACAAGACUUUCUCCCAACCUGUUCAGGCAGAGCAAAGGCUUGAGGACCAUUAUUAUUGAUGAGAACCUGAUAUCAGAGAUAGAUCAGGGGACAUUUGAGCCUCUGAGUCAAUUAGAGACCCUGACUCUGGCCAAGAAUAACCUUGCCUGUAUUUGUGAUUUCAGAUUAUACCAGCUUAAGUAUCUAAACCUCAGCAGGAAUUCAGUCGAGUUCUUCGUAACACGCGAAAACGACGAGCUGUACAAGCUGGAAAUUCUUGAUCUGAGUUACAACAAACUUCUUUACUUCCCGGUGGUUCCAAAAUUUAACCAUCUGAAAUAUCUUCAUUUGCAGAAUAACAUGGUGGGUAGCCUGACUUCAGAAGCUACAAUGGUAUCAGAGGCCAACUCUCUUUAUCGUGAGAUUGUGCGUGAGAAAACUGUUACAAAAAAUAACUUGCACUCGAUCUGGAGGCUCAUGCCACUGAUUUACAUUGACCUGAGUUAUAACCACUUCACAUCAUUCCCAAUUGAGACUUUGAGCCUCCCCUUACCCUUGGAAACACUGAAUUUCAGCUAUAAUUGUCUGCAAAACAUCAACUGGGAUAUUAGGAAUUACAGUGAUCCGGGAUCAUCUCUUCGUCAGCUUUACUUUCACUCCUUGAAGCACCUCGAACUGAAAAGCAACGGACUUGGAUAUAUUUCUCCCUUUUUUCUCAGUGCACUCCCCAAAAUAGAGACAUUAAAUCUACAAGACAAUUCGGUGCAGCCUUGUUCUUCCACGCAGCAGGAAAAUCUUACCACAUCCUGUGUGGAGUUUGAGCAAUUACAAACACUUAAGCACCUCAACCUGAAGGAAAACAACAUAAAAAUACUCCAGCGAAACACUUUUCAGAGGACGUCUUUGGUUUCUCUUAACCUCGCAAAAAAUGUGCACAUGGUAAUGCAUGAGGGGGCACUGGAGAGUGUGCGAGCGUCGCUUCAGUCUUUGAUUAUCAGCGAGAUAAACAUGAGCAGCGCUCGUCUCUCUCUGCCCUGCAUGCCAGGCUUAACCCAGCUCAACGUAUCAAACAACCACCUGGACACGUUGCCCAGCAGCUUAAGCUGCUCCUCCCUGAGAGGCAUCGACAUGAGAAACAAUGACUUCAAAACUUUAGACCAGUCGCUGAUUCACAACCUGUCUGCACACCUCACAAACAUGUAUGUCAGUGGAAAUCAUUUCAACUGCUGUGACAGCGGAUGGCUGACCAUCCUAAACCAGACAGAGGUCAAACUGCAUGAUAUCAGUCAGACUGAGUGCUUUACGAGUGUUGCAAGCUUCUUCAUGAGCGAAUAUCUGGAAAACCCUCCAAUGUAUUGUUUGGCUCAUGUAAACGCGCAGGGAGUUCACUUUGGACAAAUGAUCGUAAUCUUCUUGUUUGUGGCUGUACUCUUAAUUGUGCUCAUUAUGUUCACCAGAAGCCUGCGCUGUGCGCAAAAGUCUUUCAUCGUGUGAUCUCAACAAACUGUCUUAACACAUUUAUUUCAUACAGGGGAGUCAAACUCAUUUCAGUUCAGGAACCACUUGACAGACUCUUUUAAUCUCCAAUGGCUCGGACCAGACAGGCGAUAGCAUCUUAACCAAAACAUAAAGUUCAAAACUUUCACUUCGUUCCAGCACAAAGAAGUACGAGUUCGUGUUCAGUUUUUGUAAAUCUUAUAUCAUCCAACUCAAAUGUCUUUUUUUUAAUCUCAUAUGAAAUCCUUCAGGCUGCAGUAAUUAUCUUCAGAUUUAUAACAAAGCUUGUAACAAAAGUCCCUCAUUACUUGGUCAGCACGGCUUCUGUUGCCUUCAGUGUACUUGUGUUCACAGUUGCUGUUGAAUGAAUGUCUUUUUUUUUUUUUUAUUUUCACACUUUUGCACAUCUACACACUGGUGUUAGCCAAUGGGCCAUAUGUCUGACCCCCCUGAUUUAGUGCAUUAUUUUGUACAUAUGCAUAGAAGUCCUAUCAUUCAAACAAGCGCUGUGUGCUCAGUGAGAAAAUGCAGAACAAACUGCAGUUCCCAGAACAAAACGCUGAGGAUGUGUCACUUUGUAUGACUCAUUUUGUUCAUCACACAAAUGUGGCUCAAAGAAUAAAUAAUAAAUAGGUUUAUUGUCCAUAUGCAUACGGGAUUUGUGAAUUAUCAUGAAAUAAAUAAGUGUUGUGAUGUUUUCAAAUAUAUUGAUGAAAACAACAGCUGCAUAUGAAUAAAAUGUGUCAGAUGACUUGCUUCUGUUGAUAUCCCUCAUUUAAACGAUGCCCUCUGUUCACUGUGGGAUUGAAAGGAAACAAUUUCAGUUCCUCCAAUUUCCUGUUUUUGUGUUAAGCAAUUUGUUCCACCAGGCCAUAAAAUACUCCCUAUCCGUCUGUCAGGGCUCAGCCUCACUCAAUAAAUCUGAAUGAAUUUCAACUUACUGGGGAAAUAACAUCGUCAGUGAAGAAAAU